CACGCAAAGGGGGAAAGAUGCUGGCAUUCAGGGAUGGCCUUGGAGGGACAGACCACCUUGGCCGGCUGCCUGAGCUUGCAGAGAGAUCGCUGAGGCCCUGGCCGUGAAUCUUGAAAGGGAAAGAGCUCUCCCCCUCCACUGGCACCUGGAUGCAGAGCACUUCAUCCCUGGGAUGGCUCCGUCUCUGACAGAAAUGGCUUCCAUCACUCUCCCAGGCUCUGGGGCCCCUGCCAGUGAACCGGAGCUGAGCAUUGAACCCAGGAUCAUCAAUGGGGAGGACGCUGCACCUGGUUCCUGGCCCUGGCAUGUGAUGCUGCAGACUUCCAAUGGACACCUCCUUUGUGGGGGCUCCCUGAUCAAUGAGAACUGGGUGAUCACCUCCGCCUACUGCAAAUUCACGACAUCUAACCAGGUUGUGGCUGGGCUUUUUGACAAGAGUUCCCGUGAGGACGACUUCCAGAUCCUGAAUAUUUCCCAGAUUUUUAGACACCACAAUUUCAACUUGAGGACCUUAUACAGUGACAUCGCCUUGCUGAAGUUGGCCACACCGGCUCUCUUCCACAACAACGUGUCCCCUGUUCCACUGCCCAGUCUUUCUGACGAAUUCCCUCCCGACAUCAUGUGCACCAUUAUAGGCUGGGGGAAAACCCGCAUUCAUGGCAGUGAUCUCCCUAGCAAGCUGCAGCAGGCCUCCGUGCCCCUCGUGUCCAUGGCAAAGUGCAGGAAAUAUUGGCCCAACAUCAACACCCGUACCACCAUCUGUGCUGGCCUCAAUGGUGUCAGCUCCUACCAUGGCGACUCUGGUGGCUCCCUGGUCUGCAAGAGGAAUGGAAUCUGGACUCUCGUGGGCAUCUUGUCAUAUGGCAGCAAAACCUGCCGCUACUGCAAGCCCUUCGUGGCCACCCGUGUCAAUGCUUUCAAACCCUGGGUUGAUGAGAUCCUGGCUCGCAACUGAGCCCUGAUCCUCCCAUUCCAGCGCCCUUUAUCCCCAAUAAAAUCCU